GUUUUCAUUGGCACAGGAAACAAACUUGGUGACCUUCAGUGGAGAAGAAGGUAUAAAACCCAAAGUUUCUUGGUUGGCUGUCUUCUGGGAACCGGUUGAAUUUCUCAGUUUCAAAGGAGGACACAUUUUUGGGAACUUCUGCGAGAAAAUGGCAACUUUAAAUGAAAAGAAGACCUGCAGUGAACGGAUGGAAAAUUUCCGUCGUUUUGUCUGGAAUCCAGAAACAAAGCUCUUCAUGGGAAGGUCCUUAAUUAACUGGGUCUGGAUCAGCCUCUACUACCUGGCUUUCUACGUGGUGAUGUCAGGGCUGUUCGCACUCUCCAUUUAUUCUUUAAUGAGGACAAUUAAUCCAUAUGAACCGGAUUACCAAGACCAGCUGAAAUCCCCAGGUGUAACAUUACGACCUGAUGUUUAUGGGGAUAGAGGACUACAAAUUUAUUAUAAUGUAUCUGACAACAAAACCUGGGAAGGUUUAGUGACAACUCUUCACACUUUUCUGACAGCGUAUACACCAUCUGCUCAGCACCUGAACAUCAACUGUACCAAUAACACAUACUUCAUCCAGGACACCUUUGAUGGCCCGAACAAAACAAAACUAUCCUGCAAAUUUACAUCAGAUAUGCUUCAAAACUGCUCUGGCAUCACUGAUCCAACUUUUGGAUUUCCAGAAGGGAAACCCUGUUUUAUUAUAAAAAUGAACAGGAUUGUUAAGUUUUUCCCUGGCAAUGGCACUGCACCAAGGGUGAACUGCACAUAUGUGGGUGAGGAGUCUCACACGCUGGAGGUGGACUACUACCCCGUGAAUGGUACCUUCAACCUGCACUACUUCCCCUACUAUGGGAAAAAGGCUCAGCCCAGCUACAGCAAUCCUCUGGUAGCUGUGAAAUUUCUCAACAUCACACGGAAUACAGAACUUAAAAUAGUGUGCAAAAUCAUUGGAGCUGGAAUUACCUUUGAUAAUGUUCAUGAUCCAUAUGAAGGAAAAGUGGAAUUUAAAUUGAAAAUAGAAGACUGAGCAGCAAGAGAGACACUUCUGGAAAACGUGUUUAGGGCAAACUUAACUAUUACCGCAUUAAUCCAUAUUUAUUUUCUCACUAUGGUUCCCAUACAAAUUCCAGUGCAAAGAGACAUUUUCUACUGCAAGAUGACUGUACAGCUAAAAAUCAAGAUACCACUCUGUGUGAAGGAGAUGAGGAUUACCUCUAUGUACAUAGCUUAAUAUUCCAUGGCUACAGUACGCUACUGCCUUCAUGCAAGUAUCUGUACAAAGCAAGUUUCCCCCAAAGUGUGCAGCUGUGCCUUCAAUGAAAAUAAGUACAGGAUCAAUCAUUUUCAAUCACUUUUCAAACCAUAAUAAAUAACUGAUGCAUGAUACUAAACCUUGGAUACUGAGAAAUAAUUAGGUAACUAGAAAAAGAAAUCAAUACUUUGAAAUACUAGCAAGUAAUAAAAUUCUCAAUCUUUUAUAGGAUGUAUAAAUCAUAAAAGUAUAUUAAAAUUAUCUGUAUCCCAAUGCAUUGGCUUUUUGUACUAGUCAGCUGAGUCAGAUUUUUUUAGUUGACAAAUCAAUCACUGCAAAAGAAGCAAACUUGAAAUCUGUCCUCUAGCUUACAGAUUUCACUGUACCACUUACUUCUAUGUAUAUAACCUAAUAAAAGUGACUGGUAAGACUCUAA